UAAUACAAAUCUCCACAUUUUAUUCAUGAGAGAGAAGAAGAAAGGAAUAGGUACUACUCGAAUGUGGAUGAAAGCAUAACAACUUUAACUAGCUACGCAAAUGGCUAGCAUACAAUCAAACAUCAUCCAUGUCAUUUCAAAAACAGUACUCACCAGUGGAGAAACAUCUGGUGGUUUUCAUAAGAACAGAUCAUCAGUUCUUGAUUUUCCUAGAUUUCAAGAUUCCAAGAUUUCAAGACAAUUAGCUUGGAAGAGACAAAUAUAUACAGUGUCCCGCAGCAGCAACAGCUCGGAACACAAGGAAGUAGGCCUCGUCGUCGGAACUGUCGGUACCGACGACGAAGACCAUGAUGAUGAAGAAGGGCAAUUUGGGUAUUUGGUAAGAGAGUAUGGAUGGAGAGUGAGGAGAUUAGAUGAGAAAGACCAAGUUGAAUUGAAUAGUGUUGCUCAAGUUCAAGCCCAAGCGUUUCAUGUCCCUGUUUUUCUAUUUGAUGAUUUCUUCCUUCAAUUCUUUCAGGCUGAAGUACUUUCAGCCCUUUUAUACAGACUCCGGAAUUCAGCUUCAAACAGAUACGCAUGCUUAGUCGCAGAGCGAGAUCAAAAUUCACCCGAAGAGCUCGUAGGCGUUGUAGAUGUCACCGUUCAAAGAGACUAUACAGUUCUUGAGCAUCUACCUGAAAGAGUAAAUGAAUAUCUUUAUGUUUCUGGAAUUGCAGUUUUAUCCACUUUCAGCUUUGUUUACAAAACAAUGUGCAGGAGGAUGAAAAUAGCUACAGCUUUGCUAAAAGGUUGUGACAUUCUAUCAACUGUUUGGGGUUUCAAAUAUCUAGUUCUAAGGGCUUAUGAAGAUGACAUAGGUGCCCUAAAGCUGUACACAAGUGCAGGAUAUAUGAUUGUUUCAGGUGAUCCUCCAUGGUUAACUUCAUGGAUUGGAAGGAAACGUCGCGUUUUACUCGUCAAGAGAACUAAUGUUGUUUCCUCCUUUUGAUCAAUCAUCAAUAUUAUUAUCAUUCCUUAAAACCUAACCAACAAAAAGAAGACCUAUGAAGAAUCAUUUGAAAGCUUAGUAGCAAAAGCCUCUGGUUAUUUGAGAAUUUCAAUUAACAUUUCAACCAAAAUACAAGAUUCACCAUAUGAUUUUAA